AUGAAACCUUUCAUUUUUCUUACAUUUGCCGCGUUGGGCCUUGCCCUUCCCAGCGAUAUUACUCGCAAUGCCACUGAUGGUGUGGCCGAGCCUACAUCGUCAGCCAUACCCAGCAAGCCAGUGUUGAUCCCUGACGACUCAGUCGUCAACAACUCAACCGAGCGGAAGUUCAAUCUCGGCGUCAAAGCCAUAUCGCCCGCAUCAGAUGUGCAGAUCAACACUCCUUGGUCCACACCUCUGAUCGACGAUUGCCCCAAGCUGUGCAGUGUUGUUGGGCCAGACCCAUCUAACUGGACCCGUGUGCAACACGAGGAUGAUCUUGUACGAUGCAAGGCCCCUCUUCUCUUCGACUUCAACUUCCAAAUUACUGGCAGCGUCAAGACGUUCCGAACUUGUGCAUUUGAGGCUCCUCAAUCCACUAGUACUGUUCGUCGCUAUGUGCCAGUCGAGGCUCGCCAGAACAAUGAAUCCAUAUCAACGUUCUCGCCAGACAACGGUCCAAAGGUCUGCGGAGCAUCUGAGUCUACUCUUCAACUGCUUGUGUCGACCAGCCCGACAGGUGUUAUAUCGUCUGGGGCUGACGCUGCUGCCGCCGCGAAGAUGCUGGGGUCUCAUCUUGCAGAAACUGCUUCAUGUGGCCGUACAAUCCUUUUUGCGAGGGUUGAUACAGCUAUUGUUGCUCUGUAUGUCAGCGCCGAUGUCGUGACUACUAGUGUCGCCACGUUAGUGAUUGAUACCUUCGCGACGAGCGUUCAACAAGGCAGCGAGCUGGUCCAAUCAUGCGACACAAACAGCCUCAACCCCUACACCAUUGGGCUGUUUGUUGUCGAUGGACUUGAUCAACUUGGAAGAGCACAGAGGGCUAUGCAGACUUGGUCCAGUGGUGAGUGUGUUAGAGACCACACCAACAAUUCAAAGUCUUUCGAAGGCGUUGGCGUGCUCGGUGCUAGCGAUUUGGUCGUCCUCCCCUCCAACUACACAUCGAAUUCUACCACAAAGCGCGGGGUCUCCGACUUGACGCCCAGAGCUGUCUGUACCGCUAUUGAGGUUGAAAAUGAUGAUGGUUGUGCUUCACUGGCAUCUCGAUGUGGUAUCAGGGGAGCAGACUUUCUCAAGUACAACACCAAGACCAAUCUUUGUGCGAAUUUGAUUCCUGGCCAACUUGUUUGCUGCUCAUCGGGAACUCUGCCAGACAAUACACCGCAGCCACAACCCAACGGCAUAUGUGCAACCCACAGCAUCAGCUUGGGAGACCUCUGCUGGUCUAUUGCCGAUACCUACGGAAUCAGCGAGACGGACCUUGAGAAGUACAACGCCAACAGUUGGGGCUGGGCUGGGUGCAACAGUCUGAAACAGGACCAGAUCAUCUGUAUUAGCAAGGGCAACACGCCGAUGCCGGUACAACUUCCCGACGUGGCUUGUGGUCCCCAGAAGCUAGGCACGCAGAUGCCCUCUGGCACUUAUGAUGGCUGGGAUCUGGCCAAGUUGAAUCAAUGCCCGUUGAAAUCUUGUUGCUCAGGAUGGGGGUACUGCGGAACUACGGCCGAGUUCUGCACGGAGUCGCCUGCCGAUACUGGAGCGCCUGGAGCCUUCAAGAAGGAUACCAACGGGUGCAUUUCCAACUGCGGGAUGGAGAUCACCAACAACAAGAGUCCACCCACUGAGUUCAGACGCAUCGGAUAUUUCCAGGCGUACAACGAAGCUCGAGGAUGCUUGACUAUGGACGCAAGUCAGAUCAUGGACAUCUACGAGACCUACCCGUUGACACACAUGCAUUUUGCUUUUGCCGGUCUCACGCCUGAUCUCGACGUCAAGAUCGCCGACAACGUCAAAGAUCAGUUCGACAAGUUUGUCUCCAUGGAUGCGCCUUUCAAGAAGAUUAUUUCUUUCGGCGGUUGGGCCGAGUCUACCGAUCCCGCCACGUAUCAGUUGUAUCGCGACGCUGUUAGUCCGACGAAUCGCGAGCGGGUCACUAGCAAUGUGCUUCGCUUUUUGGAUGCGAAUCCAGGACUUGACGGUGUCGAUUUUGAUUGGGAAUAUCCGGGUGCUGACGACCAGGGCAUUCCCGGUAGCGAUCCCGUUGAUGCUAUCUACUACAGUCGCUUCCUGAGCCUCAUGCGAGACAAGCUUGGAAAGAAUGGUCGCUCGCUCUCGAUUGCCAUCCCAGCUUCUUACUGGUAUCUCAAGCCUUUCCCUGUGGAGGACAUGGCAAAGGUGCUCGACUACUUCAUCUAUAUGACGUACGAUCUUCAUGGACAAUGGGAUUACGGAAACAAAUAUGCCAACCCGGGCUGCGAGAAUGGAAACUGCCUGAGAUCCCACGUCAAUAUCACCGAGACCACGAACUCCCUUGUCAUGCUUACCAAGGCUGGCGUCUCCGCUGAUAAAAUCAUUGUUGGAGUCACCAGCUAUGGUCGAAGCUUCCGCAUGGCCGACAAGAGUUGCACAGGACGCAACUGCUUGUUCACAGGCUCGCGAACCGUUUCUGAAGCCGAGCCCGGUAUCUGCACGGAUACCGGCGGCUACAUAUCCAAUGCCGAGCUUGACCAGAUUUUCACCUUUGCAGAGGAGGGUGAGCCUGGGUACGAGGCCAAAAGGUGGCACGACGGACCCACGAACUCAGAUAUCAUGACCUACGGCACUAUGGGGAACGGCAUGACGGACUGGGUCGCAUACAUGAGCGACACGACCAAGUCAACACGUUCGGAUUGGAUCAAAGGUCUGAACUUUGGCGGCACCACCGAUUGGGCCAUUGAUUUGCUCAACUUCCUCGGCGCACCAGAGGGUCAAGAAGGUGGAUUCACUGUCGACGGUGGGGAAAACUUGGAAUGCAAUUCUGAGACUUGGCCCACGAAUCUGGACGAUCUCGAGAAGAACAUCGACAACGUACCGCCCCACUGCCGUUCUAUGGCGUUGCUGAACGUUUUGAUCAGAGACCUUGAGAAGGUGAUCGCCGAGUACAGAGAUGUUGCAAGCUCGAGUGACUAUGACGACAGAUUCUGGUGGUAUGCCGAUUGGGUGAAAGACUCAAUAGACGACCGUCUUGAAGAGUUCUUGAAGAUCGGCACUGGAGAAGGAUUGAAGUACAUGGACUGCGAGUGGAGUUCAAAGGGCAACAGCGGCGAGGGCCCUUGCACCGAAGCCCAUCUGUCUUACCCUCCUGGACCUUCGCCGGGACCUCGCACCGUCACUUUCACAAUGCGCGACGAAACUGGCUUCUACGAUGCUUUGGCGAGUAAGGCAGGCAUACAAAGGGAGUGGAUUACUUGGCGAGACAUGGAUGCCAUCAACGACCCCUGUGUGUGCCCGCCAACACAACCGGGUAUCUGCCCGGUUGACUGCGCCAUGAACUACUACAUGAGAAAGAACUGGCCGAAGAGAGUCAGCGACAAGGACAAGAUCGAGAUUGAGAACCCCAAGAGCAUCAUCGAGGAAGCAAUUCCGUCCACCGAUGUUCUUAUUGGGACAAUAGUCGGUACUUACAUCGAGAUGCGGAUGGGUGUUCUCGACGCUGAUGAAGCCGACGUCCUCACUGCCUUUAGCAUGCCUCUCCUCAUGAUGCAAGACGCUUCCAAUAGCAUCAAGGAGAUCAAGGAGAUUGGAAAGGAACAGAAAGAGACAAAGACGCGCGAGCUUGUCCUCGGCAUUCUCAGUAUCGUGUUCGCUGUCAUCCCUUUUGCUGGGCAAGCCGCAUCGGCUCUGGGCGGUGCCGCUCGCCUGGCUUCCAUGGCAUUGAUUAUUGGAGAAGCAGGAAACGCCGCGAUAUCCAUUGUCGAUAUUGUCAAAGAUCCCAACUCGGCUCCUUUCGCCAUCCUUGGCAUGUUGGUUGGUGCUGCGGGCAUGCGAGGUGGCAAGCCACCCCGGGAGGCAUUCGCAGAGGCGGGCAAGGCUCGUCGUGCUCUGACCCCGAAGAUGAUGGAAUCAUUCUCGCCCGAAUUUCGACGCAAGGAUGGAUUGGUGCAAAAUGUUGUCAAGACUUGCAAGGUGCGGUAA